CGUGCUUCCUCCAGGCCACACCUGACACCACGCAUCUCCCCCUUCGCUCGUGCCUGUUCACUCGACCACCCUACAUCACCAGAACUCAGCGCCUCCCACCUCUCACCACCCAUCCCACCCUCAAAGCAAGCGGCAGCUUCGUCCCCGACGAAGCAGCUGUAGCCCCAGUCACCAAAACGCCUCCGAUCACCCGCAAGCGGAAGCUUGACGUCGACACGCCCACCGCCGCCUCCGCCUCCUCGCAGGACUCGUCCUCCGCCGCACCGCCGGCACGCAAGGCCGCCAAGACCAAGCAUAAGGAGUUGGAGCUGGUGGAGGCCGCCCUGCCGGCGACGCCCCAGACCCUCGGCUCCGACAAGCCCAUGGACUCCGAGGAUGAGGUCAAUAGUGUAGUCUCCAGCGUGGACGUGGGGAUGGACGACGAUGAUAGUAGUGUGGAUUUUGGGGCGGACUCCGACGUUGAGAUCGAUGAUCACUAUCAAGAUGAUGCUGCUUUUGAGACUCAAGAGAAGGAUUUGAUGCCAAAGAAGAAGGCGUUUGAAGUGGAUUACCGAGUGUACAGCCCGGAGGAUAUCCAGAAACAGCAAGAUAAGCAAGUUGCAGAGGUCUCAACUCUACUCGAACAGCCACACGAAAUCACGGCGAUCCUACUACGAUUCGGUCGAUGGAACAAAGAGCGUCUCAUCGAGAAAUACAUGGACAAUCAGGAAGAGGUGCUCGAUAAGGCUGGCUUGGGCCAAGAUGUCUACAAAAGCCCUCCGCGAAUCGAUCCUCCCCGCAUCUUCACUUGUGACAUAUGCUGCGAAGACGGACCUCACGAAAGCUUUGCUCUGAAAUGCGGACAUCGAUUUUGCGUGACGUGCUACCGACAAUACCUCUUUCAGAAGAUUCGCGGAGAAGGAGAAGCCGCCAGGAUCAAGUGCCCCGGCGAUGGCUGUAACAGAGUCAUCGACACAAAGUCUCUCGAUCUACUGGUGACUUCAGACCUUACCGACCGCUAUCAUGAGCUCCUGAUGCGCACUUACGUGGACGACAAGGAGAAUCUCAAGUGGUGUCCUGCGCCGAAUUGCGUGUAUGCCGUGGAAUGCGGAGUGAAGAAGCGGGAUCUCAACAAAGUCGUACCAACCGUGCAGUGCGACUGUCAUCACAGCUUCUGCUUCGGCUGCACUCUCGCCGACCAUCAGCCCUGCCCAUGCUCGCUGGUCAGGCGGUGGCUGAAGAAAUGCGAAGACGAUUCGGAAACGGCAAACUGGAUCUCGGCAAACACGAAGGAGUGUCCUCGCUGUCAUUCGACGAUUGAGAAGAACGGCGGUUGCAAUCAUAUGACAUGUAGAAAGUGUCGCCACGAGUUCUGCUGGAUGUGCAUGGGCGUGUGGUCCGAGCAUGGAACGAGCUGGUACAAUUGCAACCGGUAUGAAGAGAAGAGUGGUUUGGAUGCGAGAGAUGCGCAGGCUAGAAGCCGUCAAUCUCUCGAACGCUACCUUCACUACUACAACCGUUACGCCAAUCACGAACAGUCCGCCCGCCUGGACAAGGACAUCUACCACAAGACGGAGAAGAAGAUGACCCUUCUUCAAGGAGCGUCAGGAAUGUCGUGGAUCGAAGUGCAGUACCUCGAAGAAGCCUCCCGAUCACUACAGCAAUGCCGACAGACCUUGAAAUGGACCUACGCCUUUGCAUACUAUCUCGCGCGCAACAACAUGACGGAAAUCUUCGAAGACAACCAGAAGGAUCUGGAGAUGGCGGUGGAGAACUUGUCGGAGAUGUUUGAGAAGCCCACCGACCAGCUUGCCGCUUUGAAAGUCGAGAUGAUGGACAAGACGACGUAUUGCAAUCGCCGCAGGGUGAUUUUGCUGGACGACACUGCCAAGAGGCUGAAAGAUGAACAAUGGGAAUUCAACGUGGAGUUGAGUUAGCGGGACAUGGAUGAUUCGAUGUGAGACUUGAGCUUGACAGUGUCCUGCCCUCGAGUGCCACGCUCGCCUUGAUGCGCGCAUCCGCCAAAGCGAAGCAGAGUUGCCAUUAUCAAAGGGCAGCCAUUGAGCAUUCGUUGAAGGGUUGUCGUGCGGCGCAGACCUACGAGCAGAGCGUCCCCCAAACAGUAGCACAUUCCCUUCGAAGCAUUACCUCCAAUAUCGAAUGCUCGAGAUGCAUCAUAUGAGGGGAGUGCAUGCAUAGCCGGAGCACGACACGAGACACUGUAUUCAUGAUG